AUGGAGAACGGUGUGUAUCGGUGUUCGAAUGCGACCGUCGGUUCUCCUGGAAGUCUGCGCUGCAGUAGUACGUACCUUAACAGGCACCUGCUCACACACCAAGAGGAGAGGUUGCAUGUCUGCAGCUGUGGCAAGAACUUUGCCUACAAGGCUGCUCUGACCGCACACCAGCGCACCCACCUGAAAGAGAGGCCACACCAGUGCAAGCAGUGUGGAAAGGGUUUCCUCUACAAGGGAGGGCUGGUAAGUCACAUGAAGAUCCACUCCCGAAGAAAUGCCUUCAUGUGCUCAUUCUGUGGGAAGAGCUUCAAGAGGGAGAGGAACAUGAAGAAACACGAACGCUGCCACACCAGGGAGAACGUGUUCAGCUGCUCGCAGUGCGACAAGACCUUUGUGUACAAGGCCACACUGACCAGGCACGAGCUAACCCACUCGGGGGAGAGACCGUUCCUGUGCUCCGAUUGUGGCAAAGGGUUUUUCUCCCAUGCGGAGCUUCUAAAGCAUGAGCGCUUCCACACGGGCCACAAGCCGUUCCAGUGCUCCCACUGCGGGAAGCAGUUCACCCAGUCCUGCUACCUGACCAUUCACCUGCGCUACCACACAGGGGUACGGCCUUACUCCUGCACCCAUUGUGACAAGAGCUUUCUCAGCGCCAACCGUCUAAAGAGACACCUGAGAACCCACACAGGAGAGAAACCCUACCUGUGUUCAGAGUGUGGCAAAGGAUUCAAACAGUCAUAUCACCUGAAGAUGCACCAGCAGACUCAUGCCACCAAGAUUUACUGA